GGCUCGCUGGCCCCGCCCCCUCUCUGGAGCUGGGAAUGACAGUGAGGAAGAGGAGGGGAGGUCUCCGGUGGUGUCCGAGCAGCAACUUUGCCAGAGAAACGGAGAAUCACCGACAGAAAGUCCGCGAAGCGAGUGGCGGAUAGGGCUCAGAGCUGUGCUGUGACCCGGCAAUUUCCCGGGGGAUUGAGUCGUGAGACAGAGGCCGAGGUCGCGCUGAAGCAGGUGACGGUGUCAUGGCUGCCUUCUUCACCGACUUACCCUCCUAAACAUCUCAGGAACAUAACCAUCGUAGAAACUGCCCGUCUGAGGAAUCGAAUCAAACGCACACAGUACAAGACGUGCGUGCAUGCGAGGGAUGACGACCUCCCAUCUGAAUGGCCAUGUUGCUGGAGAGGGAGGAGGAGAUGAAGAGGCGAGGGGAGGACAGCAGCACCGAGAAAUGGCCGUGGACUGUCCGGGAGACCUGGGCAGCCGAACGCUGCCUCUGCGACGCUCCGCUCAGCUGGAGAGGAUACGACAGCAUCAGGAGGACCUUCGGCGUCGUAGAGAAGAGGAGGGUCGGCAGCUGGAUCUGAACGCCUCACUCAGACUCAGGAACCUCUCCCAGAAUCCCUACAGCGGGAUCGACAACCCCACAUUCCUGCAAGACACACCGCAGCUGCCAGCGCUCAGCAGCCAGCACACACACGCGCUGCUGGAGUUGGAGGAGCUGCUGCUGUCGCUGAAGCAGGUCCGGGGCAGCCUGUCGGACCAGCAGAGUCACAAUGACAUCGAGUUGGUCCUCGCUCUGCUGAACAAGUCGGACUUCCAGUCGGCGCUGAAGAUCCACAAUGCCGUGGCCAGCAGCAUGCACCGACCGUCUCCGCCGUACCCCAACACGCAGCAGGCGCUUCCACUCGCCAUGGAGUUUGCUCUGCAGGGGGCGACGGUGCGGAAUGAAAUGGACAGCGUGGUGAUCAGUCGGAUCGUUCGCGGGGGCGCCGCUGAACGAAGCGGGCUUCUGUCUGAAGGAGACGAAAUCCUGGAGAUUAACGGCAUCGAGAUCCGAGGCAAAGACGUCAACCAGGUGUUUGACAUCCUGGCCGACAUGCACGGCCUCCUGACCUUCGUGCUGAUUCCUAGCAAUCAGAGCAAACCUCCUCCCGUCAAAGAGAGUGUGGUCCACGUGAAGGCUCAUUUCGACUACGACCCCUCGGACGACCCCUACGUGCCGUGCAGAGAGCUCGGCUUGUCCUUCCAGAAGGGAGAUAUCCUGCACAUCAUCAGCCAGUCCGACCCCAACUGGUGGCAGGCGUACCGGGACGGAGACGAGGAUAACCAGCCGCUCGCCGGCCUGGUGCCAGGGAAGAGUUUCCAGCAGCAGAGAGAAGCCAUGAAGCAAACCAUAGAAGAAGACGAGCCCGAGAAGUCCGGGAAGCUCUGGUGUGGGAAGAAGAACAAGAGGAAGAGGAAGAAGCUGCUGUACAACCCUCACAGGAACGACGAUCUCGAUAAUGAAGAAAUUCUCACCUAUGAGGAGAUGGCGCUGUACCACCAGCCGGCCAAUAGGAAGCGGCCGAUUGCUCUGAUUGGUCCGAGUGGCUGUGGGCAGGAACAGCUCAGGCAGCGGCUGCUCAACAGUGAACCAGAGCGCUUCGCUGGAGCUGUGCCUCACACGACGCGGAGCCGUCGCGAGGGCGAGCAGAGCGGUCGGGACUAUCACUUUGUUUCUCGGCAGACCUUCGAGGCUGAGCUGGCGGCUGGGAAGCUGAUCGAGUCCGGAGAGUUCGAGAAGAAUCUGUACGGGACGAGUACGGACUCGGUGAGACAGGUCAUCAACACCGGGAAAAUCUGCGUGCUGUGUCUGCACACACAGGCUCUGAAGGUGCUGAGGAGUUCAGACUUGAAGCCUUACAUCAUCUUCAUAGCUCCGCCCUCCCAGGAACGACUGCGAGCUUUAUUGGCUAAAGAAAACAAGAACCCCAAGCCCGAGGAGCUGCGUGACAUCAUCGAGAAGGCGCGUGAGAUGGAGCAGGGCUCCGGUCACCUGUUCGACUCCAUCAUCGUGAACACGGAUCAGGACAAAGCUUUCACCGAGCUGCUGAGACUCAUCAACAAGCUGGACACGGAGCCGCAGUGGGUGCCCUGCUCCUGGCUGCGCUGAA